AUGCCCUUCGAUGUCUUGACCGCAACAGCCAGUGACCUUCGCGUGCUCCUUGAGCAGCGCAAGGUUACCAGCGUCCAGCUUGUACAAGCAUAUCUACAGCAGAUUCGCACCCAUAACAAAGAUGGCGCGCGCCUUAGAGCCGUUAUAAGUGUCGUGCCGGAGAAGCAACUUUUGGACACUGCAGCCCAGCUGGAUCAAGAGCGCGAGAGCGGGAAGACGAGAAGCCCGUACCAUGGCAUUCCCUAUUCCAGGGCUAAUGAUGACAAUAUGUGGACGGCUACAUCAUUCACUUUGCCGACAACAUGCGGGGCAUACGCCUUGAAAGACGCAAUUGCAAGGGAGAAUGCCGAUGUUGUUCAAGCACUGCUGGAUGCCGGCUUGAUUCUUCUAGGCAAAGCAAAUCUCUCGGAAAUGGCUGGUUUCAAGGGAGAUGGCGGAUAUGCUGGAUGGUCAACAAUUGGAGGAGCUGUACUGAAUGACCUUUUCUUCUGUCAAACUCAAUCUCCCUAUGUCCCCGACGGCAUUGACCCCACGGACAGCUGGCUUGGACAUAGCACGCCUGCCGGUUCAUCAUCUGAAUCGGCAGUUGCAGUUGCUGCUGGCAUGGCGCCGAUUGCACUCUGUACCGAGACAGACGGAUCGAUUACGCAGCCCAGCGACCGAGCCAGUCUUCACUCCCUCAAACUUAGCGUUGGCAAGGCUUCUUUCCGGGGCAUUCUGCCCGGCACUCCGUUGGCGGAUUCUGCUGGCCCCAUGACGAAGUCCCCCGACGAUGUUGCCGCACUUCUGGACAUCCUUACGCCUUUGAAGGAGGGUUCCCAUUACGAUUUCUUGACCAAGUCUUUCGCGGGUCUCCGAAUUGGAAUUUUAGAUGAGAAAGAAUGCGUGUCUUCCCCCAAUGCCGUGCGCCCGAACGACGCCUACAACGAGCAAUUUAAUCACGACUUCAACAAAGCCAUUGACCUUGUCGAGAAAGCUGGAGCGCAUGUGAAACGCGACAUUCCUCUUCGAAAGUUUACUAUCGACACCCACAACUUGUUCCCGGAAUUCAUUAACGGACUUGACCAUUCUCACGUCAAGACGAUGCAGGAUCUCGUCGACUUCAAUAAAAAGUAUGCCGACAUUUGCUUGCAACCAGGGACGCCCAAUCAGGUGGCCCUUGAGCGGGCUGCUACUGCAGAGAUGUCCAAAGAGACCUAUGAAAAAUACACCGCUGCUCUUCGCCGACACAAUCGGGAAGAAGGCAUCGAUGCUAUGUUGCAAGGGAACGGCGUCGACGUCCUCAUAGGCCCUCCCCGAGGACGCUUCAACACUAUCGCCACAGCAGCCAACUACCCCAUCGGUACCAUCCCACUCGGGUAUGCGACCAGGUUUAACGGUAGGGCGUUUGGCUUGGCUGUGGUUGCGCCAGAGAACAAGGAAUCGUUGAUCUUGAAGGUGAUGAGCGCCUGGGAGGCUGCCAUGCCGAAGCGGCAGCCCCCUCCCAAGCUUGCUAAGUGGGAUGGGGCUGCUUUUGAGAAGUAG